UUGUCCAUCUCUCUCUUAAAAUCCUGAGUGUUCUGAACCCUCCUCCUACAUUUGUCGAAAGCUCAAAAUAAAAUGUAUCGAUCUUCAAAUAUGAAGCGAUCACUUCAAUCAAUCCUUCGCAAUCACCAUUACUACCAAAACCCCACAUUUUCACGUCCCAAUUCCAUCUCAAAUCUCACUCGCCCUUUCUGCUCAUCAUCUCCACCGCCAGCAUCAUCGCCAGAAUCGGAGAUUCGUAAAUACAUCGGCUAUUCGAUUCUCUUACUAGGCUGCGGCAUUGGCACCUACUAUUCAUUCCCCUUCCCCGAAAACGCCAAACACAAGAAAGCCCAGCUCUUUCGCUACGCUCCUCUUCCCGAUGAUCUUCAUACUGUUUCCAAUUGGAGUGGUACCCAUGAGGUCCAAACCCGGGUUUUUCUUCAGCCGGAGAGUCUUCAAGAGUUGGAAGCAUUCGUGAAGGACGCUAAUGAGAAGAAACAGAAGAUUCGUCCUGUGGGUUCUGGUCUUUCCCCAAAUGGGAUUGGUCUGACUAGGGCUGGAAUGGUUAACUUGGGUCUUAUGGAUAAGGUUUUGGAGGUUGAUAAGGAGAAGAAGAUUGUUAGGGUUCAAGCUGGUAUUCGUGUACAACAAUUGGUGGAUUCUAUUAAAGAAUAUGGAAUCACAUUGCAGAAUUUUGCUUCUAUUAGGGAACAACAGAUUGGUGGCAUCGUUCAGGUGGGUGCUCAUGGAACUGGAGCUAGAUUACCUCCAAUCGAUGAACAGGUUAUCAGCAUGAAAUUGGUUACCCCUUCGAAAGGAACAAUAGAACUUUCGAAAGAGAACAACCCAGAUCUCUUUUAUCUGGCUCGAUGUGGACUUGGUGGACUUGGUGUGGUUGCUGAAGUCACUCUUCAGUGUGUCGAAAGACAACAGCUUGUAGAACAUACAUUUAUCUCCACCACGAAAGAUAUCAAGAAGAAUCACAAGAAUUAUUUGUCGGAGAACAAGCAUGUUAAAUACCUUUAUAUACCAUAUACAGAUGCUGUAGUUGUUGUUACAUGUAAUCCAAUUUCCAAAUGGAAAGGUGUGCCCAAGUUCAAACCGAAAUAUACUAACGAUGAAGCUAUACAGCAUGUUCGUGAUUUAUAUCAAGAGUCUCUCAAGAAGUACAGAAGUGGAGUGGCUGGUGUUAAAUCUCCAGAAGAGGACGAACAAGACAUAACCGAGCUUUCAUUUACUGAACUAAGGGAUAAACUUCUUGCUCUCGAUCCUCUCAGCAAAGAUCAUGUUAUAAAGGUCAAUCAAGCUGAGGCUGAGUUCUGGAGGAAGUCGGAAGGGUAUAGAGUGGGCUGGAGUGAUGAAAUUUUGGGUUUUGAUUGUGGAGGUCAACAAUGGGUGUCUGAGACCUGUUUCCCUGCUGGAACUUUAUCUAAGCCGAGCAUGAAAGAUCUUCAGUAUAUUGAAGAAGUAAUGCAGCUUAUAGAGAAAGAAGGAAUUCCUGCACCCGCACCUAUAGAACAACGAUGGACUACAAGAAGCAGGAGUUCCAUGAGUCUUGCUUCAAGCCCUGCUGAAGAUGACAUUUUCUCAUGGGUUGGGAUUAUCAUGUAUCUUCCAACAAUGGAUGCUCGUCAGAGGAAGGAUAUCACGGAGAAGUUCUUCCAUUACAGGCAUUUAACUCAAAAACAAUUGUGGGAUCACUAUUCUGCUUUUGAACAUUGGGCCAAGAUUGAGGUUCCGAAGGACAAGGACGAACUUGCUAUCCUACAAGCGAGAUUAAGGAAACGUUUUCCUGUGGAUGAGUAUAACAAAGCAAGAACAGAGCUUGAUCCCAACCGCAUCCUUUCUAAUAACAUGCUGGAGAAGUUUUUUCCUCGUUCAGAUGCAAGUCCUUGAACUUUUAAUCUGUUGCUUCUGUUAGUUAACUUGUAUCUUUCUUAAGUGAUUUGAUUUGAUUCAAUUCCCCAAUGGUCUUGUUUCCUUGCAAUAAGGUUCAUUUCUCAUAUUAUUUAUGCAGAUACAGAUUGUUGUAAUCUCUUAAGUGUGGGUAAUUUUGAAUGUCACAGUAAUAAAAUUGGAGUUAAAUUCUGCUCAUUUAGAGCUUUUAUGUU